GUGUCCAGGCGUCAAUAACGAACGUCUGGGCAUUCGACUCAGUCUAUUAUUAAUUUUUAAAGCCAAUUUCUGAUGUCACGUAUUUUUCUUCUCUAUGGGUUAAUAUCAUUACGGAAUGCAUUUGAUAAAAUUGUCUUUGUUCGGGAAGCAGUGUUUAGCAACCCCGACCGUAUUUGACCUUGGUAUGUUUUCGCCGACAUUAGCUCAAUGCUAAGCUAGCGAGUAGCUCACUGUUGGGGAGCUUGUCGUGUGUUCAACUUUCAUCAUGGAGGACGAAACUUUGACGGAUAUCAACGGAAAGCCCAUCACUCUGGACUGUCUGGACCACACCAGCUUCUGCAGGGAAUUCACCGUGAGCUCCCCUAAAGUGUCCAUCGCUAAAGUGAUGGUGUACACCUGCUCAGUGUGGCUGCUGGCAUACACCGUCUUUUACUUUACCCAAAACACGGCUGUCCUGACCAGUGCCAUUUUCAUCACCCUGGUUGGCAUGAUGUUUCACAUCCACCUGGUGAAAGUGGAUCACGAGUCGCUGCUUGUCAUCGACUCCGUGGGGAUCCAGGUGUCCUCCAGCUACGCAUCCGGACGAGAGACGACCUCUUUCAUUGAGAUGAGCAAGAUCAAGGACGUUGUCAUCAACGAAGCAAUAUACAUGCAUCAGAUCAUUUACUACCUCUGCAUACUACUGAAGGACACGUCUGACCCUUCUGACUCUGUUUCAGAUGUCGUGCCAUUGUUUCAGAGCUCGAAGCCAAGACUGAACUGCCUUGUUAAAAUUUACAGAAGCUGUCAGGAGAUUCUGACCAAAUGCUGACAGGUCACGUCUCAGGUCAAACCUUCAUCACGUCCAGCAGCGUCCACACUGAUGGAUGACUGCCACUGAAAUUUGGUGCUUUACUUGAUAAGCCUUUUUAAUGUAUUUCCCUCGUUUUUCUAUUUGUACAAAUGCGUGUUCCCCCUCUAAGUACUUAGUAUUUAAUGUUUUUUUUUCUGUAAAAUAUUUGCCAUUCUAGUUUUUCAAUGAAGUAGGAACAAGCUUUAAACCGAUACCUUUUACUGAGAUUUUGGAAACAGAUUUCAGUUCUAUAUAGUCAAAGUUUCACUUGCAUUUUUAAUAUUUAAUAAAAAUUAUAAAAGAUCUCGACUUCUUCAUGAUUAGUCGUUAACCGAGGCAUUAAUCCAGCAGGGGGCGACACAUCACCGCCUGUGUUUACAUCGUGAGUUUCAUGUUAUGCUUUACAUUUUUGCGUUCAGUUAAGGAGCGUCACCAUUUCAGCAACCUGUCUUCACGUGUCUCCUUCAUUUAACCGGCAAAAAACUAUUAAUUUGCUCCAUUGUUCAUUUGAGCCCCACAUUUUAACAUUCAAACAAAUAUACAUAGUCUCGCCAUUGUUCUUGAAAAGAAUAAACAGACACGUCACCUG